AUGACGGACUCUGACGAGGACGAUUCCAAUAGUAAUGACGUGUGUGUGAAAUGUAACCGACGGAAGGUAGCAAUUAGCGACAGCGAGGAGCGUGUCAAUGGGAACUGCGUGCCAUUGGAGAGUAGGCCAGAUGACAAAAUGGCGUUCAGUGCUGCGAUAGUAGUCGGUGGAGGUGGUGGUGGUGGUGGAAUUCUGAAAAACCGAAGUCGAGUUAAUCUAGACAAUGUAGAAUUACAGGAAGUAUGUAGAUGUCCUAGUAUUGGAAGUCGUAAAUACAAAAACCGCGAAACUGUGAUAUUAAAUGUCGGGGGUCAAGUGUUCGAGACGCAUAAAACCACCCUGAAAAGGUUGAAAACAUGCAAGUUAGCUCGAGAUAGUGAAAUGAUGAAGCAUUACAGGGAAAAUAAAGGGGACUUCUUCUUCGAUAGAGAUCCUCAGGCUUUUAGUGUAAUACUUAAUUACCUCCGGACAGGAGAGCUCCACUUACCGACGUAUUUGUGUGGUCCCGCUCUCCAACGAGAGUUUGAGUAUUGGGGUGUACAGGAAAUGGACAUUGAACGCUGUUGUUGGCAACCGUACAACACAUGGAAAACGCAAAAUCAGUCAUUAGAAAAGUUAGAAUAUGACAGAAAGCGAUCAACGACACUGAAGGAACUCGAGGAAGAUCGGAAGAGCUCCAGCUGCUGGAAGAGAAGCCGUGCAAAAGUUUGGAACUUCCUGCAGGACCCUAACUCCUCCUGCUGCGCAAAGAUAUACGCCUGGAUCUCUAUUGUGUUUGUGUUCAUGUCAAUAUUUUCGUUCUGUGCGGAGACCCAUCCCGACUUCCAGGUCCAUCCAUCUACUACCCAGGGCUACGAGGAUCUGUACAAUCUCUUCGCUCUCAAGGACAAGCUUAUGAUUGACGUGACGGAAUCGUCCGGAGGCGGGGACAUUUCAAAUGCCACUCUGAGCGUAGAAAACAACACACUGCUAGGGGAGGAGGAGGAGGAGGGCCUCAACACCGUUCCACACCCGGCCCUCCUCAUUAUCGACCUUAUCUGCGUCACGUUCUUUACGCUCGAGUUCGUCACGAGAUUUGUGUUCUGUCCAAGGAAGGUCCAGUUUAUCACGGCCUUACAAAACAUUAUAGACUUCGUAGCAAUUGUCCCGGAUUAUAUCGAGUUUAUCAUCCACGCAUUCCAUCCUUCAGGAUCUGAAUUGCCUUUUAUGGAUUUUAUUGUCAUUUUGCGCAUGCUCAGGUUAUGCCGGAUCUUCAGAUUGAUUCGCCAUGUCCCUGGAUUGUGGAUUCUAUUGUACACUCUUAAAGCCAGCUUCAACGAAUUAUUGCUCAUGUUUGUGUUUCUGUUAAUAGGGAUGGUUGUGUUUGCCUCGUUGAUUCAUUUUGCAGAAGGUAAAAAGGGAUUCGAUAACAUUCCUAUAGGAUUUUGGUGGAGUGUUGUUACCAUGACAACAGUGGGAUAUGGAGAUAUGCACCCUACCACGGCGUUUGGCUAUAUAAUAGGGUCCCUGUGUGCCAUUUCCGGUUUGCUCAUGAUCGCAUUCACCGUCCCUAUCAUCGUCAGUAACUUCGUAUUGUACUAUACGCAUGUGCAAUAUGGGAUUGUACGACAUGAACGUGAGAAAUCGAAACUCCUGGAUUUUAACUCCGACGACGAGGAGUGUAGUGUAGAAUACUCAGAAAACACAGAGAAUCCCAAAACAGACCAACGACAGUUUCGUAAAAGCAAACGAGACCGAAGUACGACUGAAAAAACUCCGCCAUUGGAAAGAGGAGUGUCUGAACUAGCGAGUUCAAAGUCCACGGACGGUAACUUUAACAAACUAUGA